AUAUCCUCACUCGUGGCGCAUUUUCUUAUAUCAAAAUUUUUCUACUCUAAGAUUCCUUUCCUUCCUAUAGGUUCUCUUUCAUUCUAAUGUCACUGUUCUGCCUUCUGUUUCGUGUAAUUUCUGUUGCCCUGCUGAUCCAUUCAGAAAUCUGCCGCACAUAAUCCUUUCUCCCUCCCAGUUUAGAUGUAUUCCAUCUCUCUUAAACGCCUGCUGGGAUAGUGCGUCGUCCAGGUCAAGGAAGCUUACACCAUAGUCCUCUCUGUCCCUGCAUGCAUCUUCAUAUUUAUAAUGCCUUCCUGGAUCCCGACGCCAAGGCUGAUGAUAAUGAUGAUGACGUACUGACUAAUUUUUUUUUUAAAUAUGUGUGUGCUGGAAAAAGUGGAUUGCGCAUACUUAAUAGUGAUUUGCAGUAAAAUAUUAUUAAAAUAUGUCUUGAAACAUAAAUUGCAAAAAAAAAAAAAAAAAAAAAAAAAAAAACAUUGACCCCGCGACCAUUUUCUUCAUUUAAACUCCCUGACGGCGUCACGAAAUAUUGAGGUCAUGAAAUCAAUGGAAUCAAGUGGAAAUUCAACCCGCCUCUCAAUGGAUGUGGCAAACCUCCCUCUCACCCCUUUUGGCAUGAAGCACCAGGGAUCACCAAGGAAAUUCACCUCUCUUGCUACUAACCGCUUCAACAAGCUUUCUCGUAGAAAAGGCAGAGAUCUUCAGGAAGGUAAAAGGGCUGCUGAAUAUGGAGACAAAGAAAACAUUGGUGGGUUCAACAGUCAGCAUAGAAAGCAGUGGCCUGUGGGUGAUCCUUGUCUUGUGGGUCUCCACACUGUACCAGAAGAAAAAAAUUGUCCUGAAUCCAGUUGCAUAUCAGAAGUAAAAGGACCAAUGCCUUGUCAUUCUAAGGAUUCUCAGAUAGUUGUAAACCUUAGACCUACAGUUGAUUCAUCAGUUGCAGGCAAAACUCAAAGUACAACAGACACACCCAUUGAGUCCACUGGUCGAAGAGACAGUGUUUAUACUGAUAUUGAUGAUGGUAGCUUUAUAGAGUUUUGUCAUGGCAAAGAAAAGGGACACUAUGUACCUUGCCCAGCAGAUGACCCAAGUAGAAAGAUUAAUUUUUAUUAUACAUGUGAGACUAACAAUGACACUGAAUACUCAACCUCAACUAAGAUGAACAAUGCCCUAGUGGGUUUCCGCAAGUAUUUGGACAAACUCAGAAUACAGAGAAAUCUGAGGAAUGUGUGGGAGGACAAUGAGACUGAGGAGGUGAGACCACAAGAUAAUGUAAAUAUGAAUAACUUACUUGACGAAACAGUCAUUACCUGUAGUGCUGACAUACGGAAAUUCCUGCAUAAAGGACCUCCUCCAGCUGCUGUUAACAGCACUGUGAUGGAUAAUUUGCCCCAUGAUAAAAAAGUUCCUUUACCCCAUGUGUUUUCUGAAGUAUCAACACUUACCAUUCAGUCUGAGAUGGCAGUAUGUCAGGAGCCCCAACAUCAGUCAAAUCAUUCACAAGAACAACCUGACAAGCAUCAAAUUGUUGUACUGUCUGACUCCUCUGAUGAGGAGUCACAUCCUGCUGCUGGUGGUGGUGAUUAUGACUCAAUGGACUUCCAUAGCAAUACAAGGGGUGUUCCGAGAAGUGAUAGUGUAAGGGUCCCUCCAAUAAAUAGGAAUGAUGGUGAUGCUAAGAUCAUGCCUGUGUGUACUGAUAUUGCAGAUAAGGUUAAAGUACUUCGUUGUCCACCAUCUCCUGAGUUGGUUGCUUCUGUGAGUGGGAAAUAUCCAUCAUUGAUAAGUGAAGACAUCAGUAUUAUAAGCAGCACUCAAGAAUUGCAUAAAGCAAGUAGACAAGUAGUUCCUAAGACUACAGACAUGGAUGUCUUAACCAUAAAAAAGGCCAAAGUCCCAGUGAUAUAUGAAAGCCAGAAAAAUGUUGAGAAUCAUAAUGUUAGUUGUGGCCAUGUCACCCAGGGGAGACAUUUGGCAUCUGUAAAAUCAAAUGCAGAUAAACAAAUUUCAGAAAAUGCAACAGAUCCUGUACAUAAGUGGGUUAUGUCAAGUCCCUUUAAAGAGAGCUCUUUUGAUAGUUCUUUUCUGCAGAGGAAUGAAGACUCCUUCAUCAGUGAGUCACCAAGUCAGCCUAAAUUGGAUCCUAAGAAUGAGUCAUAUGAAUCUCAUGAAAUAGGAUUAAACUAUAGACAUUUAACAAAUCCUGAUAACUGCAAAGAGGGAAUAAAUUCGCAAUCCUUUGGUAAGAGUCAUGACCCUUCAGUUGUUGAGAAAAGCAUAAAUUCAGAUGACAAUGGCUCUGAAUGUGAUUUUGCAGUAAAGCGAACUACAGUGACACAAAGGGUGAUUGUAUCUACUUCAGAGGAGUCUGAGGAUGACAGAAGGACUGGGAGAUAUGUUACACAGAGAAGAAAGAAGAAACUCACAAAAAUUAUCACAGAAUCUUUUGAAAAAGAUUGCAUUGAAGACAGUGAAAAGGAAGAAUCACUCUGUCUAAGGCUUUCAAAGAGUCAAAAUGAAACCAAUAGGAACUCUGAAAAGACCACACAGACAAUUGGGAAAGCUGCCACUUCCCCUGAAACUAAGGUAAAGAAUUUCAGCAAAACUGAUAACCAGGCACCUCCGUGGUUGAAAAAAUCAAACCGAUCAUGUCAUGAGGGUGUGGAAAAUUUGAAAAAUGAUGCUCCAUGCUCUCAUAUAUUGCAUUAUGGUGCCACCAAAGAAUCCUUGACCACACUAUCUCCCAAAACAGGAAAUUCAAAGUAUACUGGCAACAGUGAUGGGCCCUUAGAUUUAAGUUUGAUAAGGAAAGAGCUAGAUGACCUUUACACCACUGAGUGGAGGAAAAAUGAAAAUGCCAUUUUCAAGGCAGUCCCAAAAGAAAGACAGCAGGAAAGCAAGAUCAGCCCUAAGAAAUCUUUUAAAUCAAACAAAAGGAGAAGCAAGUCAUGCCCUAGACUCAAUCUGGAAUCUGAAGAGGAAAAUAGUUUCUUGCACAAGGUGAGUGAAACAUCUGGUGAUGGAGAUGGGGAUACCAACAGCAGUGAAGAAGAAAGGUAUGACAGUAGUGAGAACAACAAAUCAAAUAAAUUAAACAGUGGAGAUGAAAAGGUCACAAAGAUGACGAGGCCUCCUGAUAGUCCUGAAGAGGACAGCUUUGAGGAGUACCUUAAAAAAGCCAAGGCCCUGACACAAAAAAAGUAUCAACAGGAAUCAAGGUACUAUUACGAGGAUGAGGACUGUUAUGAGCCGAGCUUCAUCAAUGAUGAGAGCAGUGAUAAUGAGAGUUACAGUCUUCCAUCAGUGACCCAGAAGUCUACAAACAUUCCCCAAAUAUACCCUAGAACUAGUGUCUCUAAAAACAAGGACAGAGGCAGGGAAGAAGAAAGGCAUGAAAACAGUAGGGAUGAAGUAAAUCUCUCAGACAAAAAAGAUAAAAAAACUUCAAAGACAACACCCAAAUUUGAAGAGGACAGCUUUGAAGAGUACCUGAAAAAGGCAAAAGUUCUGACACAACAAAAGAAGCAGUACCAGAAAGUUUUGCAGUCUGAUGACAGUGAAGAUCAGCAUGAGUCAAGCUUUAUCACUGAUGAUAGCAGUGAUGAUGAGAGCUACAGGCUUCCCCCACCAAUCCAGAAGUCUCCCAAGAUUCCCUCAGAAAACUCAGGUUUUCCUAAACUUAAGAAACAAAGCAGAGGCACUACAGGAAAAAACACAGGCCCAAAGGCUACCACCAACUGGCGUGACUCUCCUACAAUUACCCUUACAUCAGAUUCUGACUCUGAUGAAUUUUACUCCUUUACUAAACCUUUUGCCAUUCCUCGUACAAAGCCAAGAGGCAAGGUUUUACCAAAGACUGAAGGUCCUUGCCGACGGUUUGUCAAGAAGUAUGAAACUGGACAUCUUUCUCCUAGAUUACCUUUCCUAGUAUCUCUGUCUUCUGAUGUCAACAUAAUACAGUGCCAUCCAGAGGCAUUGCCAUAUAUCAAAGACUUUAAAAAGAAGAAAGAAGAGCUAGCUGAAAAACUGUACAAGUAUUAUAAUACUCAUGUUUUUGAUGAUAAACUACCAUCAUCCAUGAACAUAAAGUGGAAUGUGAGGCUAAGAAAGACAGCUGGAUAUUGUUACUACCAAAUCAAUAAAUCUGCAGAAUGUCGGAGAGGAAGCAGAAUUGAACUUUCUACCAAGGUGAUUGACUGUGCUGAGAGAUUAAGAGACACACUUAUUCAUGAAAUGUGUCAUGCUGCUGCCUGGAUUAUCUCUGGAUACAAGGAUGGUCAUGGACCACUAUGGAAGGCAUGGGCUGGCAAGGCAAGAGCUGUUUUCCCAGAGUUACCAGCUAUCAACAGGUGCCACAGUUACCAAAUCCAAUGUAAAUACACCUACAGGUGCACCCGCUGCUCAUACAGCAUUGGACGUCAUUCAAAAAGCCUUGAUACAAAUAGAAAGGUUUGUGGACUCUGUUUGGGAAAAUUUGAACUUUUGGUGAACUCUAAGACACAGAAAGACAAGAGCAAAACCAUUCCAGGGAUAACAGCCUGCAACCCUAGAACACCUAAAACACCUGGGCCUUUUGCCUUGUUUGUUAAGGAGAAUUAUGGAUCUGUUAAGAAGUCAACUCCUAAUGUCAAGCAUGGAGAUGUCAUGAGAAUUCUUAGUGCAAAGUUUGAAAAGAUGAAAACUGGUGGUGGUCAGGCACUUUCAUCAUAAGACUUGGAAUGAUCCGUACUUUAAGCUGGUAUUCUGUACAUAUUUUCUUGUUUUCUUAUUUUAAGGAAUAAAACAUUUAAUAAAA